AAGGAUGCGCUUUCUAAAUUUUGGGCAUCAUACAAAACUGUGUCUGGCGAGCACGAUGACGACAUGUUGGAGAGGUGUAAUGAAAAUAUGGAUAUAGUCCUGAUUUUCGCUGGUCUCUUCUCCGCUGUCAAUACCGCGUUCAUCAUUGCAAUGCAGCCAAAUCCUAUCGACACCACCAACCUUCUAUUGAUACAACUUACCCAGAUCACAUUGAAUGGUUCUUCUGCCACCCAGCCAACGAUUAUUUGCCCAUCUAUUGGUUACUCUUCUUCCAAAUCCUGGAUGCAGGGACUUGCAUAUGCGAGCCUUGCAUUUAGUCUUCUCGCUGCCUAUGGUGCUGUCAUGGGCAAACAAUGG